AUGGCCUUGGAGACGAGGACUGACGGAGCACGCUCAAUCCAGUCUGCAACGUCUUCUGACAAACAGCCCCCGCCGCCCAAGGUCGUCAAACCAGCCAGCCUCGCCCGCCGCCUGCUUUUCCCGCAACUCCCAGCUGAUUCGGACCUUCCUCCGCUACUCAUUUCCCCGUCGGUGACGCCAGAGCUCAACGAUGAGCUUUAUAACUUCGUAGCAACCGCUCUCAGAGCAUACGUGCACCCCUGGUGGACGAAGAUUACGCGUUAUGACAAGGAGUUCUUACCCGCUAUUACGCGUGUCGUGACCAAUAUCGUACAGGUCCUGGAGGCGCGUCUGACCGAGACAGACCUGUCGCCACUAGUUUUUCGAGACAUUCCAAUGCUUGUCUCCACCCACUACACCGAUUAUCGCAACGCACAAGCGAAAUUGCAAACAUCGUAUGCCUCAGGCGGUGCCGCUACAUUACCGCAACUCUUCCACCAGUUACAGCCGCAUAUGGCCGUGUCCGCCGACGGGAAGGUUGACGAGGCAUAUAUUAGGCAAGCACUGGACGAUGUUCUCAGGACCUGCUUACCUCCUGCGGACUACGAACCGGAAACCGAGCGGUACAUAGUACGGGAAAUCCUCGUAGAUGUGGUGCAGGGCGGUAUCGUUCCAAAGGUCACUCAGCCCUGGUUCAUACACAGGACUAUCUUGACGCUCCUUGGCCUUGAGAAGCGCAAACAAAGUGAGCUAUCGUCUUAUAUCCAAUAUCUCAGCUCUAGCUCUGUUGAGGGUGCAGUACUGAAUUAUAUUAGCUCACAGAUCUUGCGACAGAAGGCCUAA